CAGAUACAGAUGAACUCGUGAUACACCUGACUGAGGGCCACAAUGUCCCACACUCCUCGCUGCAAGCUAGUUGACUAUUUUGAAGAACUGAGUGAAGAUGAAUUCAAGAAAUUUAAGAUGCACCUCGAGGACUACCCGCUGGAGCAGGGCUACAAGCCCAUCCAUCGCUCCAAGACUGAGAAAGCUGCCUACGUUGAAAUAGCCUGAUACAUGACUGAGGCGUAUGAGGAUGCCAAGGCCCUGAAGAUGACCGUCAACAUUCUGGACCAAAUAAAUAAGAAGGAUCUGGCUGCAAGAAUCCGAAAGGAGAUGCCAGAAUAUUUCCUUCCCAAACCAUCCACCAUGACCAAGAAAGAAAAAAAAGAACGAGAAAAGAAGAUAGUGUCAAAUCUAUGUGACAAGUUUUCUGGGAUCCAAAAGAAAGUGAAAGUGAUCUUGGAUCCCAAGACCGCUUAUCCUGCUCUCAUCCUUUCAGAAGAUCGGAAGAGUGUACACAUGGGUGAACAAACCCAGGUCCUUUCUGACAACCCUGAGCGCUUCCGUUUUUUACCAGGUGUCCUGGGAGCAGAAGGCAUUGACUCUGGGACUUUAGAAUGGGUGGUAGAAGUGGGCAAGGCCAAAGAAUGGGCCAUUGGGGUUGCCCGGGAAUCAGUAGAAAGAAAAUAUCCAGAAGACAUCACCGUUACUCAAGGGUUCUGGGUACUGCAGCUAGCAGCAGGGGAAUACAAGGCCUCUACAACCCCUCCCAUCCAACUCACACUGUGGAAAUCACCACAACGUAUCUUGAUUAUCCUGAAGCAUGAUUUUGAGAUCCUCUCCUUUUACAAUGCUGACUCAAUGCAUCAUAUAUUUACUUUUAAUUAUCCAUUUUCUGAGAAAGUGUUCCCAUUUCUCUUAGUGAGGGACAAAGAGACUCCCUUGAAAAUCUGUCCAAGUUCAACAUGACAAGACAUGGAGAGAAUAAGGAAAACAAAUUUUGAAUAAUUUGUUUAUUUACUCUGGAAGAGUUUCCUUUAGAAUAAGUGGGAUUAUUGUUUUGUUGAUCUUUGAUUCCUUUCUCCUUGCUUGAAAUGCUUUUUGAACCUAUGAGUCUAUGAACCUUUUUGAGUCUAUGUCUUAAUAAAGAAUAAGGAGAUGGAGAUAGGGGGAUGGAUGGAUGGAUGGAUGGAUGGAUGGAUGGAUGGAUGGUUGAUAGACAGAUAGGGUUUUUAAUAUAAAUGCUGAUAAAAAAAUUUAA